AUGAAUUAUUUACGAUUGGUAUCAGUUAAGGUGAUCACUCAUAUCAACGAAACACUGAAUAUGAUCACUCUAGUUUUCCAGUCUUCAGCAACUCCUGUUAAAAGAGAAAUAUCAAGGAGGAUACACGGUGCUACGCAAACUGGUCGUCAUUUCGAGGGUCCUGUGCAAACAUUUAUAUCACAAACCACUGACCUUUGUCAUGAAAUUGAUCAGGCCGCUUGUCAAUUGUCGUUGUUGGGUUUGGCAGACCCUGCAGAAGCGGAUAGUGUUUACACAAGGAUGAUGGCGGUUGUCAGCGAUAUCAUUAACAAUGCAAUGCAAGCCGAUGAAAGGACGUCUGUCCACGUUGCUUUUUAG